UGAACUGACGCCUGUUAGUUUCUGCGUUUAGAAAAAGUUGCGAAAUAUAAUUUUAAAAAAAGAAAGGAAGUUAAGAUAGCACAACACUGCAAUCAAAAUAGAAAAUGCAUCCGCCAUAGCUACACUUCAUCGAGAAUAUAAACGUAAAAAUGCCAGAAAAAGUACAGUUCACUCCGAACAAAAAGGAAGAUGCCUUUGCGACUUUGAUUGGACAUUUCGGCAAAUGGCAGUUCCUGGUGAUAGUGACGGUGUCGCUAGUGAAGCUGUCUUCAGCAUGGGUGCAAAUGGCGAUCAUAUUCCUGACCCCGAACUUGGUGUUCUGGUGCAAGGACUUCGGGGACAACUCUAGCAGAGUGGGCAAAAACAUGACUUGCUACGCCGACUGCGCGGAGUACGGGUACGACAGCGCGCCGUUCGAGAACACCAUCAUCACGCAGUGGGGGCUGGUAUGCGAGCGCACGUGGAUGGCGAGCUUCGCGCAGAUGGUGUUACAGCUGGGGGUCUUGCUGGGCAGCGUCAUGUUCGGGUUCCUCUCUGACAGAUACGGCAGAAAGAACGCGUUCCUAGCAGCAAUCACUUCAGUCAUUGCAGUCGGAUUCGCUGUCCCGUUCCCUUCCAACUACAUCGCCUUCGCGUUCCUAAGAUUCCUUUUAGGAGUCGCAGCGUCUGGAACUAUGGUCAUCUCUUUCGUCAUAAUUAUGGAGACUGUUGGGAUUAAGUACAGAGAGAUAUGCGGCUGUCUCUUUCAAAUCCCGUUUAUUAUGGGGCAUAUAACGAUACCGAUUUUCGCGUAUUACUACAGGAGUUGGAACACGUACAGUUUGGCGAUGGCGGUGCCUCCGCUGAUAUAUUUGGGGUACUUCUUCGUGUUGUCGGAGUCACCGCGCUGGUUGGUCAGCGUGGGCAAGGUUGAGCAGGCGUCGAAGAUUGUGAGCAGAGCUGCGGAGAUGAACGGUCUCCCCGCAGAAAAUGUACGGGAAACGUUAAAGAAGAUGUCUGAAGAAAUAAAGGAAAAGUCUUCCGCAGUGAAGCCGAACUACAGUGAUCUCUUUAAAGCUGGCCUUCUGAUGAAAACUGUCAGCUCCUGUACCAUUUGGACGAUCAUUGGACUAACGUACUUCGGGUUCAACCAGUACAUCAGUCAGACCAGUAAAGAUCCAUUCAUUACUGUUGCAACUGUUGGACUUAUUCAGGCACCAGCAGUAUUUGCAUCCGUUUUGCUCCUGAAAAUUUUUGGACGCAAGACAGUGUGCGUUACAUUUUUCGCUUUGGGCGGAUUAUGCGUUCUGGCUUUGGGAGUCGUUCCGAAGAUAUUCUGGAUAACUUUGACCUUGGGCUGCAUCGGAGGUAGCUGUGUGACAAUAGUGUGUACAAGUCUGCAUAUAUAUUCAUCAGAGCUGUUCCCCACUGUUGUGAGGAACAUGGGCAUGGGAGCAUGUUCGACAAGCAUGCGCGUUGGAUCCAUGCUAGCGCCGUUUGUCUCCGAUUUGUCUAAGACGGUGCCGUGGAUGCCGACAGUCAUUGUCGGUCUGGCGCCGCUCUUUGGUGCGUUGGUCUGUCUCUUGCUGCCGGAGACCAAAGGAUUAGCGUUGCCGGAUAGUAUUGAAGAAGUAAAAAAUCAUGAUUUAGAACGUCUCAACGAAGCUGAGCUUUAGGGGUUAGCAUCUUAACUGAUCAUAAGGCCUUCGAUCUAUUUCCAAGUAGGCCUCAAACAUUGUUAUUUUCUGCUAAUAUAUCCUUAGGUCAUCAACAUCAUCGUUGUCCACAUGUUCACUGCUGGACUAAAGGCCUCUCCCAACUGGAGGAUUUGCCCAAAAUCACUACGUAAGAGUUUACUCUUUCCAUGCCCAAUCCAAUCCUUAGGUAAAUAAAUAAAAAAUAUCCUCGGUGCUAUAUUUAGUUGAAGCUGUAAUUUUUUAUGUUACUAUUAGUUAGGUUGGUAUUCAUUAAAGUUUGAAACAUU